AUGGCUUCUUUGACGAUGAGUUCGGCGGCUUCAGCUAUUAUUAGUCUGUCAUUCGUGAUUCUAUCGUUCUUUCAAGGGGCGGUGGGCGGGAUCACGUUCACGUUCACCAACCGGUGUGGCGGCACGGUGUGGCCGGGGGUGCUGGCCAACUCCGGGAGCUCGGCGCUGCAGACGACGGGGUUCGAGCUGGGGCCCGGCGAGACGCGGUCGCUGACGGCGCCGUCGGGGUGGUCGGGUUGGUUCUGGGCGCGCACGGGGUGCGCGUUCGACGCCGCGUCGGGCAAGGGCGCGUGCGCCACGGGGGACUGCGGGUCGGGCGAGGUGGAGUGCCGCGGCAGGGGCGCGGCCCCGCCGGCGACGCUGGCGGAGUUCACGCUGGGCGGCGGCGGCAGCAAGGACUACUACGACGUGAGCCUGGUGGACGGCUACAACCUGCCCAUGGUGGUGGAGGCGGCGGCGCCGGGCUGCCCCAUCACGGGCUGCCUGGUGGACCUCAACGAGCGGUGCCCCGCGGAGCUCCGCGCCGGCGGCGGGCAGGCGCAGGCCUGCCGCAGUGCGUGCGAGGCGUUCGGCACGCCCGAGUACUGCUGCAGCGGCCAGUUCGGCAACCCGGACACGUGCCGCCCCUCGGUGUACUCGCAGAUGUUCAAGGCGGCGUGCCCGCGCUCCUACAGCUACGCCUACGACGACGCCACCUCCACCUUCACCUGCACCGGCACCGACUACUCCAUCACCUUCUGCCCGCCUCGCGCCGGCACGCCCAACAGCCAGAAGGCGACCAAGGAUCCCUUGCCGACGCCCAAGGACGUGCAGCUCGAGGGCGACUCGUGGCUGGCCAGCCUGGCCACCGGCGAGAUGGACGCCGCGACGUCGACGGCGGCGGCGUCGUUGCUCCUCCAGGCCGCAUUAGCAGCGGCCGCAGUCGUUGUCUUGCUUGUUGGAUGA